AACCGGUGCCUAGGGCCUGGCUUAUUAGCGUUCUGGCUAACCAGAAGCUCAGGUUGAUAGCCGGGCGGCCAAGUCCCUAGCCCCUGCACGGUGGACUCCUACUUUUAGGCCAAGCCGAAAACGCCGCCGACCGCCCCCGCGCUUCCAACUUCAGAAACAGAACUUUAUGGCCCUGGGGAGUGUGAGGGGAGAGUGAAAAAUGUCUAACUGCUCGCUCUUUCCCUGUGAAUCGAAGUGACCCCUCCCCCACCUUGCCCUCCCUUGCUUCCAGCCUUGUUUCCAUACUCUCACCGGGCGGAUUUGGGCUUUGAAAGGGUGAGGAGAAGAGGGGAGAGAGAGAAAGGGCUGGGCUCUGCCAGCUCCCUGCAGCAAUAUAGCAACUUGGAAAUGGCGGGGUCAAUGAAAACAGCUCGAGUAAGGACUGUGAUGGGAACUUUGCCCAAGGGAGAAGCAGAAGCAAGAUAAGUAAUCCACCAAAACAUGAGCAGAAUAGAGCCUGUCACAAAGUGGACACUCAGACACUAUUAAAGGAAUGAAUCAACGGCUGCUGGUGGUUAUAACUCAUCUGGAGGAGGCAGAAAUGUACAGUUCCAGAUCCUGCAUGGUCAAGAUCUCAUCACGGUGGUAAAGAAGGCUUGAGAAGUCUUACUCAAGUGGCCAGUCAGCCUAAGUGUUGACUUCAGAUCACAUCAUGCCCCCAGAUUCCAUUUUCGCAUCUGCUGUUGAAGAUCCCAACCUGUGACUUAUGGCAUGUCUGAUCUGCAGUUUUGAAAGUCUUCAGAACAUGGUCUCACAGUUGGAAACGGCUAGCUGAAGAAGUGUGUCCAUAUCCAGGCAUAAAUACUAUUAAGUUUCUACUGUUCUAUGUGUGGUGUCUGGUGUGCCGUAAAAAAGUUGAGGCACACAAAAGCCAAGAAAUCACAACUCAUAUCCAAGAGACAGCAGACUCGGACUCAGAAAGGACCCAAAGUUUGAAACUGGCUAGCGUGAGGAACACCAAAGGCAGGACCAUCUCAGAUCUUCAUUAUGGCAACUCAUGCAAGAAGCUGUUGAAUUAGAACCAUUUCCUAUAGAUGAGAAACCAUACAAGCAGUGAAUAAAUCAGUCUGCUCUAGAUCUCCAACAGACAGUGAAAAAUUUUAAUGUUUGGUAUUUAUGAGCCUCCAUUUAUUGUACUACUGCAGUGAACCAACCUUGGAUGUGAAAAUUGCCUUUUGUCAGGGUUUCGAUAAACAAGUGGAUGUGUCAUAUAUUGCCAAACAUUACAACAUGAGCAAAAGCAAAGUUGACAACCAAUUCUACAGUGUGGAAGUGGGAGACUCAACCUUCACAGUUCUCAAGCGCUACCAGAAUUUAAAGCCUAUUGGCUCUGGGGCUCAGGGAAUAGUUUGUGCUGCGUAUGAUGCCGUUCUUGACAGAAAUGUGGCCAUUAAGAAGCUCAGCAGACCCUUUCAGAACCAAACGCAUGCCAAGAGAGCUUACCGGGAGCUAGUCCUCAUGAAGUGUGUGAACCAUAAAAACAUUAUUAGUUUAUUAAAUGUCUUCACACCCCAGAAAACACUGGAGGAGUUCCAGGAUGUUUACUUAGUAAUGGAACUGAUGGAUGCCAACUUGUGUCAGGUGAUUCAGAUGGAAUUAGACCAUGAGCGAAUGUCUUACCUGCUAUACCAAAUGUUGUGUGGCAUCAAGCACCUCCACUCUGCUGGAAUUAUUCACAGGGAUUUAAAACCAAGUAACAUUGUAGUCAAAUCUGAUUGUACAUUGAAAAUCCUCGACUUUGGACUCGCCAGAACGGCAGGCACAAGUUUCAUGAUGACUCCUUAUGUGGUUACCCGUUAUUAUAGAGCCCCUGAGGUUAUUCUGGGAAUGGGCUACAAGGAGAACGUGGAUAUAUGGUCUGUGGGAUGCAUUAUGGGAGAAAUGGUUCGCCACAAAAUCCUCUUUCCAGGAAGGGACUAUAUUGACCAGUGGAACAAGGUGAUUGAGCAACUAGGAACGCCAUGCCCAGAAUUCAUGAAGAAAUUGCAACCCACAGUAAGAAACUAUGUGGAGAAUCGGCCCAAGUAUGCAGGACUCACCUUCCCCAAGCUCUUUCCAGAUUCCCUCUUCCCAGCGGACUCCGAGCACAAUAAACUCAAAGCCAGCCAAGCCAGGGACUUAUUGUCAAAGAUGCUAGUGAUUGAUCCAGCAAAAAGGAUAUCCGUGGAUGACGCCUUACAACACCCUUACAUCAAUGUCUGGUACGACCCUGCCGAAGUGGAGGCGCCUCCACCUCAGAUAUAUGACAAACAGUUGGACGAAAGAGAACACACCAUUGAAGAAUGGAAAGAACUUAUCUACAAGGAGGUAAUGAAUUCGGAAGAAAAGACUAAAAAUGGUGUUGUAAAAGGACAACCUUCUCCUUCAGGUGCAGCAGUGAACAGCAGUGAGAGUCUCCCUCCAUCUUCGUCUGUCAAUGACAUCUCCUCCAUGUCCACCGACCAGACCCUGGCAUCUGACACUGACAGCAGCCUGGAAGCCUCAGCAGGACCCCUGGGUUGUUGCAGGUGACUAGCCGCCUGCCUGCGAAACCCAGCAUUCUUCAGGAGAUGAUGCGAUGGAACACACACACACGCAGACACGCGCACACACAAACACAGACACGCAACUAUAAGAAAAUGGCAAGGGAGAGAAUCCAAGCCUAAAAUUGAAACAAAUCUUUCAGCCUGCUUCUUCUCCAGAGUUCUGUAUUGCAGCUAAGCUAAAUGUAUAUUUAACUUCUAGUUGCUCUUGCUUUGGUCUUCCUCCAAUGAUGCUUACUACAGAAAGCAACUCAAAUACAAUUAGAAAAGCCUUUUCCAUAAAGUGUAAUUUUAAUGGCUGCAAAACCAGCAACCUGUAACUGCCCUUUCAAAUGGCAUGACAAGGUGUGCAGUGGCCCCAUCCAGCAUGUGUGUGUCUCUAUCUUGCAUCUACCUGCUCCUUUUGGCCUAGUCAGAUGGAUGUAGAUACAGAUCCGCAUGUGUCUGUAUUCAUACAGCACUACUUACUUAGAGACGCUACUGUCAGUGUCCUCAGGGCUCUACCAAGACAUCAUGCACUGGGGUACCACAUGGUCCAUUUCAUGUGAUCUAUUACUCUGACAUAAACCCAUCUGUAAUAUAUUGCCAGUAUAUAAGCUAUUUAGUUUGUUAAUUGAUUAAGCUGUAUGUCUUAUAAGAAAACAUGUAAAGGGGGAAAAUAUGGGGGGAGUGAGCUCUCUCGGACCCUUGAAGAUGUAGCUUCCAAAUUUGAACUGAUUAAAUGGCACCUGUAUACCAAUUUGUAGAAAGAACAUAUGUGAUGCUUAUGUACAGUGUGGGGGUGGGAGGGGGUAACAGUUUCCAGGUACUAAAUG